AUGAAACUCGUAGGCUUAACCGGUGGUAUUGCUUCAGGCAAAUCAACCGUUUCACGGAUGCUUCAGGAACAAAACAUUCCAAUCAUUGAUGCCGACAAAAUUGCACGCCAAGUUGUCGAACCUGGCCGACCUGCCAAUCGUCUUAUCCGAAAACACUUUGGACCCGACGUCUUUUUACCCAACGGCGAGAUCGAUCGGCCGAAACUCGGUCAAGUCAUCUUUGCUGAUCCAGCCAAACGCAAAAUUUUGAAUCAGUGCACGCACCCGGCUGUACGCACGGAAAUGCUAAAGCAGGCCUUCUUUCACUGGCUCAAAGGCGCUAGUGUGGUAGUAUUGGACGUGCCUCUCUUGUUGGAAAGCGGCAUGGAUAAACUGGUGGGUGCUACGGUCGUUGUAUUCUGCUCAGAAGUGCUACAGCUGCAACGACUCAUGGGUCGAGAUGGGUUAUCUGAAGACGCUGCUUCACAGAGAAUCCGCGCACAAAUGCCAUUGAGCGAAAAAGUCUCACGCGCUGAUAUUGUGUUGGACAACUCCACCAAUAUCGCUCAACUGGAAACCCAAGUUAAAAACAUGAUUACUCGAAUCAAACCAUCAACUCUCACUUGGUUUCUAGAAUAUGCCGGUCCUCCUGCUGUACUGGUGGGAGCAAUUGUAGCCAUUAGAAUGCAUGCACCUCGUGCUCUGCUGUCGUUAGGCAACUGGAUUGCUGAGCGGCGGGCGAGCCUAGCUUGA